GCUCUGACGGGUAGGCGGGCGGCGCGCACGCGCACGGAGCAAGAGCCACGCCAGCUUAGGUAGCCUCAGAGUGCGAUGCGGUGACACCUCCAAAGAAUCAUGGCAGCGGCUGACGAACUGGCCUUCCACGAGUUCGAGGAAGCCACAAAUCUUCUGGCAGAGACCCCAGAUGCAGCUACCACUAGUCAAAGUGCUGAGCUGACCUCCCGAGAUCACGUGGCUGUGGCUGUGGGUUCAGACAUUGGCUAUGGAGCCGAAGUAGGGGAGGAAGAGGAUGACAAGACAUCACUUCUACAGGAAGAAAAGCCACAGCCCAGAUUCUGGACGUUUGACUACUAUCAGAGCUUCUUUGAUGUGGACACUUCCCAGGUCUUGGACAGGAUCAAAGGCUCUCUGCUGCCCCACCCUGGCCACAAUUUUGUGCGGCACCACCUUAGAAAUCAUCCUGACCUAUAUGGCCCCUUCUGGAUCUGUGCUACCCUGGCCUUUGUCCUGGCAGUUACUGGCAAUCUCACUUUGGUGCUUGCACAGAGACGAGAUCCCUCCAUUCACUACAGUCCCCAGUUCCACAAGGUGACAAUAGCAGGUAUCACCAUCUACUGCUAUGCGUGGCUAGUGCCGCUGGCACUGUGGGGCUUCCUCCGGUGGCGUCAGGGCACAAGAGAGCGCAUGGGGCUGUACACCUUCUUGGAGACUGUCUGUGUCUAUGGCUAUUCACUCUUUGUCUUCAUCCCCACUGUGGUCCUGUGGCUUAUCCCAGUGCAAUGGCUACAGUGGCUCUUUGGAGCCCUGGCCCUGACCCUGUCAGCUGCUGGGCUGGUGUUCACACUGUGGCCUGUUGUCCGAGAGGAUACACGGCUGGUAGCUGCGGCACUACUGUCUACUGUGGUGCUGCUUCACGCUCUCUUGGCUCUAGGCUGUAAGCUGUACUUCUUCCAGCCACUGCCUCUGGACCAUGUGGUACCCCAAGCCACACCUGUAUCUCCCAGUGUCCUGCUGCCCAGUUCAGUCAAGCCCAUGACGACCUUCUAGGAAGGCUCACAGAUGAGAAGAACCUAAGGAGUUAUGACAUAGCCAAGCCUAGAGGCCAUAGGUACAAGGAGUCCCAGCAGUGCCAUACUUACAUGGAGCCAAUGAACGCAACAUCAAACCAGAAGGCCAAGCCAUGGACCAGCCCUGAAUGCAGCAUGUGGAAUUUGAAUGGGAUUUCUAUCCUGCAAGGCAAAGGGCAAAGGGCUUGCUGUAAAAGCCCAACCUAACAGGAGAGUGGGAGGGGUAGCAGGACAGCAGCUGGCCAUGAGUGACCAGGGAGUUGACAGUACAUGACUGUGAGAAGGAGGUGCAGGGGUGGGUACCAGUGGCCUUGGGUGCUCGGGGGGAUGAAGGCUACCUGUGCAAAUCGCCUUCUUUGGCUUCUAAGAAGUUCACCGUGUACUUGACAGAUUUGGCCAUCAGGAUCCGGAUGUCAAAUGUGUCCUGUAAGACGACAGAUAUGACCCAGCUUAUGCUCCAAAUGCCACAGAAGAAGGGGAGAAACUCAAUGCCCUUCCCCCAUCCCCCAGGCCUGACAAUGGCACUAACUUCUGCUAUCUUGCUAAAGCCUGUUUGCCAUUCUCAUUAGGUACAACACCAAGGACAGUAAUUAGACUACACUCCUCAAAAUGUCAUACUAACAAGAAGGUUGAACUCAGCCGGUGAGUUCCAGGCCAGCCAGGGCUACAGAGAAACAGGAGGCUGACUGGCAGUGCUGGAGAUAUGGCUCAGUUAAAAUCACUGGCUGCUCUUCCAGAGGACCCAGGUUCAAUUCUCAAUAUCCACAUGGCAGCUCACAGCUCCAGUUCCAGGGGAACUGAUACCUUCUUAUGACCUUCUUGGACUCUAGGCAUAACAGUGGUAGAAGCAAACACCCAUACAUAUAAAGAAGUUCCGGGAGCUGCAUUCAGGUCCUCAAGCUUGCAUAGCAAUAAGCACUUUAGCAACUGAGCCAUUUUCCUACUCAGGCCUCAUCCUCUUGGUCACCUUGCCAGUGUCCUGAGUUCUGGGAUUCCAGGUGUGUGCAGCAAGACAGCGCAGUCGUCCUUCUUUUUUACUGAACC